UAUUACUUUCUCCGAAUAAAAGAAGAUAAACCAUUAGAAAAUCAAUGGCAGCCAUCACCCAUCUUUUUGUCUACCCUUUCUUAUUCUCCCUCUUCAGAACCUCCAUUACACAAGACACUAUUACUCCAACUCAAUCAAUCAGAGACGGUGCAACUUUAGUUUCAGCUGGCGGAUCAUUUCAAUUGGGAUUCUUCAGCCCAGGUAAUUCCAAAAGCCGAUAUGUGGGAAUUUGGUACACAAUAUCUUCGGAGAUAAUUGUAUGGGUAGCCAACAGAGACGCUCCGCUUAACGAUCACUCGGGAGUUUUAAAGGUCACUGAUGAUGGACUUCUUGUGCUUCUUAAUAGCACCAACGGUACUGUUUGGUCAUCUAAUACAUCAAAAACUGCAGAAAAUUCAGUUGCACAGCUCUUGGACACCGGAAAUCUUGUUGUCAAAGAUGGGAAUGUUGAUGAACCGGAGAAGUUUAUGUGGCAAAGUUUUGAUUAUCCUUGUGACACUCUCCUAGCGGAAAUGAAGCUUGGAUGGAACUUAGUAACUGGUCUAGAAUGGUAUUUAUCAUCUUGGAAGAGCACGGAUGAUCCUUCUCAAGGUGCGUUUUCAUUACGGAUAGAUCUUCGAGGAUAUCCACAGUUUGUUGCUAUGGAGGGAUCUAAAAUAAAGGCUAGAGGAGGUUCAUGGAAUGGCCUUAGUUUUACGGGUCAUGGGGUAAGACCGACUCCAGUAUUUGGGUACGAAUUUGUGUUGAAUGAGAAGGAGGUCUAUUACGAGUUCAAACUCCGAAACACUUCUGUUUUCUCAAGAUAUGUGCUAAACCCAUCAGGCGUUGGGCAGCGAUUCGGAUGGAUGGAUCGGACACAGAGUUGGGAGCUUUUCUCUACAUUCCCGGCAGAUCGGUGCGAAAAUUAUGGCUUAUGUGGCGCAUAUGCUACCUGCAAUAUCAAUAACUCUUCUAUAUGUGCAUGCUUGGAAGGAUUCUUACCCAAGUCUCCAAACCAUUGGGGUUCAGUGGAUUGGUCUGAUGGGUGUGUUCGAAGGACUCCUUUGGAAUGCAAUGAUGGAGAUGGGUUCAUGAAGCGCACGGGGUUGAAAUUGCCGGACACAUCUUCUUCCUGGUAUGACAAGAGCAUGACGCUACAGCAAUGCGAAAGAAUGUGUUUGAACAACUGCUCCUGCACAGCAUAUGCAAGUUUAGAUGUCAGGGGAGGAGGAAGCGGCUGCCUGCUUUGGUUUGGUAGCCUAAUUGAUAUAAGGGAAUUAGGUGAGGCUGGGCAAGACCUCUAUAUAAGGAUGGCCACUACUGAACUGGAUCAUCUUGAGAAAAAGAGGCACUCCAGCAAGAAGAAACGAGUAGCAAUUAUAGUCGGCUUAGCAUUAUCAGUCGUGGGAAUGACAAUAGUUGCAUUGGUCUCAUAUAUAUGGAAAAAGAAUGUCAUAAACCAAGGAACAAAAGAAAGAAGUUCGAGGAAGGAUUAUGACAAUGAAGGUGGGAAGGAAGAUAUGGAGUUACCGAUAUUUGAUCUGGCAGCCAUAGCUAAUGCAACAGAUAAUUUUUCAAAUAACAACAAGCUCGGAGAAGGUGGAUUUGGACCUGUGUACAAGGGUACAUUGCCAGAAGGGAGAGAUAUAGCUGUGAAGAGGCUUUCAAAGAAUUCUGGACAAGGGUUGAAUGAGUUCAAAAAUGAAGUUAUUAUAAUUGCCAAACUUCAACACCGUAAUCUUGUGAAGCUUCUUGGUUGUUGCAUUCAAGAAAAUGAAAACAUGUUAAUCUAUGAAUACAUGCCCAACAAAAGCUUGGACUCCUUUAUUUUUGAUCAAGCAAAUAGGAAACUACUAGAUUGGCAUAAACGCAUCAACAUUAUUCGUGGUGUUGCUAAAGGGCUUCUCUAUCUUCAUGAAGACUCUAGAUUGAGAAUUAUCCACAGAGAUCUAAAAGCUAGUAAUAUCCUUUUAGAUAGUAAUAUGAAUCCAAAAAUUUCGGAUUUUGGCUUGGCUAAAUCAUUUGGGGGAGAUCAAGUUGACUCUAAGACCAAUAGAAUUAUUGGAACAUAUGGAUAUAUGUCUCCUGAGUAUGCAGUGCAUGGGCAGUACUCAAUAAAAUCUGAUGUAUUUAGCUUUGGAGUUCUAGUAUUAGAGAUAGUAAGUGGAAAGAAGAAUAGAGGAUUUUGUCACCCGGACCACCACCUGAAUCUUCUUGGACAUGCAUGGAGACUAUGGAUUGAAGAGAGGCCAAUGGAGCUGAUCGAUGAAUUGGCAGGUGACUUGUUCACUCUAUCUAAUGUAUUACGACACAUUCAUGUGGGUUUGUUAUGUGUGCAACAAAAACCAACGGAUAGGCCAAACAUGUCGUCUGUAGUUCAAAUGUUGAGUAGUGAGAGUUUGUUGCCUAAGCCAAGGCAGCCAGGGUUCUUUACAGAUUCAUUUGAAGCAGAUCCUUCGUCUGUCAAGCAUACUACUUGUUCAGCAAACAAAUUCACCAUUUCAUUAUUGGAAGCACGGUAAAUAGCAUGAAAUUGAGAGCAAAAAUGGAGAUUUCAUUUUUAUUCUUUUAAUGAAUUAUGUAAUAAUGGUUUCAACUUAUUUAGCUGAACAUAAAGAUAAUGGGCCUCUAGCAAUGUAAUUUUUUUUUUUUUU